GGAAACGACAUGCACUGGUUAGCUUGUGCCUUGUACGUGGCUUGCAGGAAAGCAGUUCCAACUGUGAGCAGAGGAACUGCUGAGGGAAAUUAUGUGUCUCUCACCAGAAUCUUGCGCUGCUCAGAACAGAGCUUGAUUGAGUUUUUUAACAAGAUGAAGAAGUGGGAAGACAUGGCCAAUCUCCCAUCCCAGUUCAGAGAACGAACCGAGAGGUUAGAGAGAAACUUUACUGUCUCUGCAGUCAUAUUUAAGAAGUAUGAGCCCAUUUUCCAGGACAUAUUCAGGUAUCCUCAAGAAGAUCAACCUCGUCAGCAGAGAGGAAGAAAGCAGAGGCGACAGCCGUGUACUGUGACUGAAGUUUUCCAGUUUUGUUGGGUGCUGUUUGUUCAUGCAAAAGGAAAUUUUCCUAUGAUCAGUGAUGACUUGGUCAAUUCCUACCAUCUCUUGUUAUGUGCUUUGGAUCUAGUGUAUGGAAAUGCUCUCCAGUGUCCUAACCGCAAAGAACUUCUCAAUCCUAAUUUUAAUGGCCUACCUGAAGACUUUCAUAGUAAGGAUUACAAAGUGUCAUCUGAUCCUCCCUGCAUCAUUGAGAAACUCUGUUCAUUACAUUAUGGAUUAGUUUUAGAUGCAAAAGGUAUCAAGGAGCAUUUUUGGAAGCCAUAUAUUCGGAAACUUUUUGACAAAAAGCUUUUGAAAGGAAAAGAUGAAAAUCUGACUGGAUUUCUAGAUCCUGGAAACUUUGGAGAUAGCUUCAAAGCCAUCAACAAGGCCUAUGAGGAGUAUGUGCUGUCAGUAGGGAAUCUGGAUGAGCGAAUAUUUCUUGGGGAGGAUGCAGAUGAAGAAAUUGGGACUCUAACAAGGUGUUUGAACACAACUACAGCAACAGAAACAGCUGAAAGAGUGCAAGUGAAGCAUAAUUUGCAGCAGCAUUUUGACAGGUCCAAAUCCCUGAGGAUCACAACCCCACUCACUGGCCGCAAGUACAUCAAAGAGAACACCCCAUAUGUGACUCCUGUUUCCAUAGCAACAUACAGUCUGAGCCGCCUCCACACCAUGCUGGCAGGGCUGAAAAAUGCCCCCAGUGAAAAUCUGGAGCAAAUACUCAAGUCAUGUUCCAGAGAUCCUUCUCAAGCUAUUGCAAACAGAGUAAAAGAAAUGCAUGAUGUGUACUGCCAGAGCACACAGUCUGAGGGAGAAUUCAGUAAUUUUUCCAAAGAUGUUGCUAGUAAACAUUUCCGUUGUGCUGAGAUGCUGUACUACAAGGUCUUGGAGUCAGUCAUUGAGCAAGAGAGGAGGAGACUGGGAGACACCGACUUAUCUGCAAUACUGGAGCAAGAUGUGUUUCACAGGUCUCUGCUGGCAUGUUGCCUUGAGAUUGUUACCUUUACCUAUAAACCACCUGGAAACUUCCCGUUCAUCACUGAAAUAUUUGACAUUCCAGUUUAUCAUUUCUAUAAGGUAAUUGAGGUUUUCAUCAGAGCAGAGGAUGGGCUGUGUCGGGAGGUAGUGAAACACCUCAAUCAUAUUGAAGAACAGAUCCUGGAAAGUAUGGCAUGGACACAGGAAUCCAUCCUGUGGGACAGAAUCCGAGAGAAUGAAAACAAAGUUCCUACUUGUGAAGAGGUCAUGCCACCUCAGUACUUUGAGAAAUCUGCUGGGAGCAGUGGUGUAGGUUCACCCUUGACACCAAGGCGAAUAAACGAGGUUCGUGCUGAGACUGGAGGACUAGGAAAAGGCCUUUCAUCACCUCCAGCUACCCUGUAUGACAGAUACAGUUCUCCCACAGCCAAUCCCACCAGACGACGACUGUUUGCUGAUAAUGACACUCCCUCUGACAGUGGAACUCCAGUACGAGUUUCCCAGCAGCCUGUGGUGAACACUGUGCCUGUGCAGAACAUGAACCCUGAAACCAUGUCAGUAACUCCAGUGCCAGGCCAGACCCUGGUUACUGUGGCAACUGCCACUGUUACUGCCAACAACGGGCAAACUGUGACCAUACCAGUACAAGGUAUUGCCAAUGAAAAUGGAGGAAUAACUUUCUUCCCAGUCCAAGUAAAUGUAGGUACCCAGCCCCAAGCGGUGUCUGGUCCCAUUCAGCCCCUGAGUGCCCAGACUCUUGCUGGGACUCUGAACACUCAGAUGACUGGGGCAGCACUGCAGUUACCAGGCCAGUUAGCUGUGCAGCAAAUCUCUCCUGGAGGGCAAAGGCAGACCCAGCAGUUCCCCACUGCCACAGCCAGCAGGCCCAGGAAGAUGGGCUCACUUUCACUCUUCUUCAGAAAGGUGUAUCACUUAGCCAGCGUUCGGCUGAGGGAUCUCUGCGUCAAACUCGAUGUGUCUGAUGAGCUGCGGAAAAAGAUCUGGACAUGCUUUGAGUAUUCCUUGGUGCACUGCCCUGACAUCAUGAUGGACAGACACUUGGAUCAGCUGCUGAUGUGUGCCAUCUAUGUCAUGACUAAGGUUACCAAGGAAGACAGAUCAUUUCAGAACAUCAUGCGCUGCUAUCGGACACAGCCCCAGGCCAAGAGUCACGUCUAUCGCAGUGUCCUGAUCAAGGGCAGGCGCCGGCGCCGCCGCUCGGGCAGCAGCGACAGCAGCAGCCAGCAGAACUCCCCUACAGACAGGAAGGACAGCAAAGAGAGAAACAAAGAACGAUCCAGCAGGGACUCCAGCCCGGUGAUGCGCUCCAGCAGCACUCUGCCCGUGCCCCACCCGGGCAGCGCCCCCCCCACGCCCCCGCGGCUCUCCGGGAACGACCCCGAGGAGGAGGAGCGAGGGGACCUCAUCCAGUUCUACAACAACGUCUACAUCGAGCAGAUUAAGGAGUUUGCCCUGAAAUACACUUCGAAUGCAACCGAGUCUCCUCCGCUCUCGCCCUACCCCUUCGUGCGGCUCAGCUCCCCGCGCAGGGUCCAGCUCUCCCAGAACCACCCCCUCUACAUCUCCCCGCACAGAAACGAGCCUGCUCUCUCUCCUCAGGAGAAAAUAUUCUAUUACUUCAGCAGCAGUCCCUCCAAGAGACUAAUGGAAAUUAACAGCAUGGUUCGAACUGGGGAAACACCAACCAAGAAGAGAGGAAUUCUCUUAGAAGAUGGAACUGAGGCUCCAGCUAAGCGAAUCUGCCAGGAGAACCACACUGCUCUGCUGAGACGACUGCAAGACGUGGCCAAUGACCGAGGGUCUCACUGA